UCUCCGCCCCCCCCAGCCUCCUCCCCCGCCUGUCCAGGGGCGGCACUGCGGGCUGGGAAGCCGGGACCAGAGGAGGGAAGGAAGGAAGGAAGGAAGGAAGGAAAGAAGAGAAAAGAAGAUAAGAGGAAGGAAGGACGGACGGAGAGAGAGAGAGAAAGAGUGGAGCGAUCCGGAGGUGAAGAAGAGACGCAGGGCAGAAAGAAGAGAGAGGACCACACUCGCCCAGCAGCAUCCACAGGCCAGAUUGGGAACAGUGCUGCUUCCACGGCUCCUCGGAUGGUGACGGGGCCUCGCCGCGGACGCAGUCCCCCCGAGCCCCGGCUCUGCAGGCCCUCACUGCCGAAGCCCCGCAGGAAUCAUGCCCAGGUCCUUCCUGGUUAAGAAGGUCAAACUUGACACAUUCUCUUCGGCAGACCUCGACAGCUCCUACGGGCGCGCCCGCAGCGAUCUCGGAGUGCGACUGCAAGAUAAAGGAUACCUCAGUGACUACGUGGGGCCUGCGUCGGUCUACGAUGGCGACGCUGAGGCGGCGUUGCUCAAAGGGCCAUCCCCGGAGCCUAUGUAUGCUGCGGCUGUGCGCGGAGAGCUUGGUCCCGCGGCCUCUGGCUCAGCACCGCCGCCCACCCCUCGCCCAGAGCUGGCUACUGCUGCUGGCGGCUACAUCAACGGCGACGCGGCGGUCAGCGAAGGCUACGCGGCCGACGCCUUCUUCAUCACUGACGGGCGCUCACGCCGUAAGGCUGCUAAUGCUAACACUGCUGCGGCCCCCUCCACAGCCUCGGUGGCUGCCCCCGACAGCGACGCUGGAGGUGGGGGCGGGCCGGGCACGCGAGGCUCUGGAUCAGGGUCGGCUAGUCGGGGCGGCACGCGCGUGGGGGCGGGCACCGAGGCGCGUGCGGGGCCAGGAGCUACGGGCGCUGGUGGCCGGCACGCCUGCGGCGAGUGCGGCAAAACUUACGCCACGUCGUCGAACCUGAGCCGCCACAAGCAAACGCACCGCAGCUUGGACAGCCAGCUGGCAAGGCGUUGCCCAACGUGUGGCAAGGUGUACGUGUCCAUGCCGGCCAUGGCUAUGCACCUGCUCACGCACGACCUGCGCCACAAGUGCGGCGUGUGCGGCAAAGCCUUCUCGAGGCCCUGGCUGUUGCAGGGCCAUAUGCGCUCUCACACGGGCGAGAAACCCUUCGGCUGUGCGCACUGCGGCAAGGCCUUCGCAGACCGCUCCAACCUGCGCGCACACAUGCAGACGCACUCCGCCUUCAAGCACUUCCAGUGCAAGCGCUGCAAGAAGAGCUUCGCGCUCAAGUCUUAUCUCAACAAGCACUAUGAGUCAGCCUGCUUCAAGGGCGGCGCCGGCGGCCCCGCAACCCCUGCGCCGCCACAGCUCAGCCCGGUUCAAGCCUAGGGCAGCGGGGCCUCCGCCAGCCAGGUCGGCUCUCAGCAAUACGGGCCCCCAGGGAAGUCUCCGCUGGCGUCCGGGCGGAGGGGCUGGAGGGCGGGCCCCUCCUCACAGCAAUAGGGGCAGGGAGCCGGCCCCACCCCGCCCGCUCGCCAGGAGCCUUGCCAGCCCCUUCAAGCAAUAGGGUCCCGAGGGGAGACCCACCCUGAAAACCCUCCCCUCUCCUCCAGGGUGCCCCAGGCUUUCUCCCAGCAAUAGGGUCUACCAGACCCAGAACCGAACCUCAUCUCUUAGUUGGGUCUCUGAAGACAGGGGUGAGAGGUGAGGUAAGGAGCGCCCUCCUCCCUCCUCUGCACCCCUGGAUCGCGUUGCAGAGACUCAGGUCUUCCCCAUCCCUUCCCAAGCCUUCCAGGCCAAGCCUUCAGCCCGGCGUCCAGGGAGUCAGCUCCACUUGGGCAGCUGGCCGGAGAAGGAUCAGGAAAGCAGGCGGGCCACAGAGGCGUUGUGUUUCACAGGCUUUGCAGACCUCCCGGAGUGCUAGGCGAUUUGGUGAUGGGGAGGGGCGCGGACGGCGGCAACCCUCUCCCUCGGGUUCUUUCUGGGGCCUCAGUCCGAGCCUCCCUCCUACCCACGCCUCGCACCCUCUGCCAAAUCCGAAUUCUUCCAGCCCGGCUUCCGGGGCUCUGUCCUCCAUAACGAAUAAUAAUGACACAUAUCGGAAUCGCAUGAACUUAUCCGACCUACUCAGACCCCGAUCCCGCCCUGCCCCGGGGCCCCCUCCCUCGCUCCCCAGGCUUCGGGUGUUGGAGGACGGAUACCCGGGCCGGCAGGCUGGCGUGCCACUGCCCUCUACACACCUCUGUAUUUGCUUUGCGGGUAAAGCCCCCUGGGGGGGGUGCGGACGCGUCGGGUUCCUUUCUUUCUGUAUUUAUACAUUUUAUUUAUGAACGGAUUGCACUCGGGUCAGGGAGGGGGCGCCUAACCCUCAUCCUUCCCGCCGACGCCCGGGGCUUAGGUUGUCCAGGACCAUUUCCUCUGCCCCUGAGCUUCGCCUCACAGAGGCAGGCCCUUCCCGGAGGCCCAGGCCCCACCCCCACUCGGUUGCCAACUUUCACCCGUCUAUGCCAAAGCCUUGGCGGUGACCCUACCCCAAGGGCCCGCCCUAUUGGCCGCCGCCUUUGUGACAUCACUGCAUGCAGUCCCACCCUUCUUCCCAACCCUUCCCGGGGCUGCCCGCUCCCCUUCCUCUUAGUUAGUCCGAUGCAGACUAUAGAGCAAUAACGCGCACUGCAUGUGAAGCUGCCGCAGCCUCUAGAGUUACUGAGAAUCAGGUAUCCCCUGCCCUACCCAUCCCAUAGGCCCCUAGAUCAGGGAUGCUGCGCGGGGCCGGCCACGCAGACUUUCUUUCCCCAUUCCCUACCCCAGGGCAGAGCCCGGCAGGCGUCAAGGUUCCAGAGGCUGGGAUAGAAUGGUAUCACUCAAGGCCUCUCUUGUCAAUCCUUCAUCACUCACCGACCCAUCAUUGGGUACCUACGAUAUGCCAGGCCCAUUCCCCUAAACCGGUCAGAGAUGCGGCAACCUUCGGGGAGGUGCCUGUCGGUGACAGGGCCCAAUACGCUUGGGUAGGCCAGGGCA